UCAAACACAAAAUGUUUGCAUGUGGUGAAAUGGUGAUGUUGCUGGCUACCCUCCUGCUCAGUGGUGUCGCCCUCUCAGCAGCUGAUGGUCUGUUUGGGAAAGCCUUGGUGUUUCCUGUCGAGACGGACAACAGCUAUGUCAAACUGACUCCACAGAAGCCCCUGGAGCUUAAAGCCUUUACUAUCUGCAUGAACGUGGCCACGGAGCUGAAAGGCAAGAGGGAGGUCAUCCUCUUUGCUUACCGCACCAGAGACUUUGACGAGCUCAACAUCUGGCGAGAGCUGGAUGGGCGCUAUUCCUUCUACCUAAGUGGAGAGGGGGUAUUUUUUGAAAUACCGCAACUAAACACAUUCAAGACCCACUUGUGUGUCACAUGGGAAUCUGCCACAGGUCUGUCUGCAUUCUGGGUGGAUGGCAAGCGGAGCAUUAGGAAAGUGUACAAACAGGGACACACAGUUCGACCCAAUGGUAUCGUCCUUCUAGGGCAGGACCCUGACCAUUUUUUGGGGAAAUUUGAGGCUGACCAGAGUUUUGUUGGUGAAAUGUCUGAUGUUAACAUGUGGGACUAUGUCCUGUCUGAAAGUCAGAUUAAGGCAUUGUAUUCCUGUGGUGGACAUGUUCCCAAAGGUAACAUUCUUGACUGGAAGACAAUUCAGUACCAGAUCUACGGUAGGGUAAUUGUUGCAAACUCUAGAAUUUGAUGGGAUAUCCUUCAGUUCUAUUGCAACUUCACACAGCACUUCACCUGUAAAUGAUGUGCUGUGAUACACAGUAUAGAUUUAAUUCAAUUAAAGUAUCUAAUAUUGUGUCUAAUCUGCAGCUUCCAUUAACUUACACUUCAGAAUCAGACAGUUUUUUUGUAAAAUCAUAAAUUAUAUUUCAAUGCAAUGCAUUUCUGUU